AUGGCCGCCAGGCACUCCAAGCGCACUCUCUUCUCGCUUUGGAAGAGAUCCUUUCAUCUCCCAAGCCCAACUCCUACUAUUUCCAACCAGAUCCGGAUCGAAGAGGAAAAAUGCCCCGGGUACAGUCCAAAAUCCUACUAUCCAGCAAAGCCUGGUGAGAUCCUUGCGGAGACCUUUCAGCUAGUGGCCAAGAUAGGCUGGGGAACAGGUUCAACAGUAUGGCUGGCACGGGAUGUGAAUUGUCCACAGGGACAUCCCCAGGAAGCAGUGGCGCUGAAGAUCUUGAACGCGCGCGACUCUGAAUCAGCCAAGCUUGAUCUGGAAGAACGAAUUGCGCAAAAAAAUCAAUCGCAUAAAGGCUUUGGCACUGUCCGCGCUUGUAUGGGACUUUUCGAAUUCAUCCACGAUGACCAGAAGCAUACUUGCCAAAUUUAUGAGCCUUUGCGGGAGAGUUUGGACACAUUCACGAAACGGUUCCCGGAUCGAAAGCUUCCUCUGCCGAUCGCGAAGGCUUAUAUUCUUCUUCUGCUCCUUGGGUUGGAAUACCUGCAUACUGAAUGUCGGGUUGUGCAUACAGAUCUGAAAUUGUCAAAUAUCAUGAUGACCUUUGAGAACGACAAAGUUCUUCCUCGCUUCCUGCAUGAAUAUGUCCGCGACAAUCCCAUGGAAUACAAAAUCGACCCCGAGACCAACAGAGCGGUCUAUCGGAGCCUCGACAGCCUGGGGGAUCUGGAAGUCAAGGAUAUCGCUAAUAUGAUACCCAAGAUAGCUGAUUUCGAUGCCGCAUUGCUCACCGAGCCGAUCUCCGAUUCCAAGGACGAAUCUCAACCUCAAACCGUCUACACUUUCCCCAUCCAAUCAGACUACUACCGAGCCCCCGAGGUAGUCUGCGGGUAUGGAUGGGAUAUCAAGACAGAUAUAUGGAAUUUCGGCGUUCUGAUGUGGAACAUCAUCGAAGGCACAGAGCUAUUCACCCAGGUUCAAGAUGCCGAACGCCGAUACGAUCCCAAAUCCCAUAUCGCUGAAAUGGUGGGAUUCCUGGGUCCACCACCCGCGCCGAUGCUGAAGAGGAUGGACUCGUUGGCGGAAGCCUCGUUUGUGGAUGGUGAUCCUUUGAGCGUGAAUGAAGGGCCCCUUUGCCGGACCCCGCGAGAGCUGUACGGGGGACCAUAUUUCGACAAAGAAGGCCACUUUCUCUAUGAGGACCUUGUACCCAAACGCAGACUUGAGGAUACAAUUCCCUCCCUUGAAGGCGAACAGAAAGAGUUGUUCCUCUCUUUCGCUAGGGAAAUGCUGACUUGGGAUCCCUCAGCGAGAAAAAGUGCUGCCGAGCUGUCACGGCAUUCUUUCCUGAACUUCGGUGGUCAUAUCGUCAGGGAUCAUAUUUAG